AUGAUAGACGUGGGUGAACAUGAUGAGGCCCAGAACACUCCAGCGGGGAACUGCCUAGUGUUGAACACACUGACAGGGGAAACGGUCAACUUCUCCCCCUGCAGAGACAUCAUGACUGAGAAGGUUUACAAAGUCCUGAAGUACAGUCAGAUCAUCAGUGCAGGACUGCCUGACAUUGUCAACAGUGCCAAGAGCCAGAAUGCCAAACCUUAUGUGGCUGGACAAACCCAUUCCCCUGAGACUGGUGGAUACAAUCGUUACCAUGAUUAUGUGGUUGGAGUGCCUAAUGACUGCAACACAGCAGGCUCAGUGGCCUCUUACUUUGGCCACAGUGUUGCAGUAACUGAUCACAGACGAGAUGGCAUCCUAAUCGGGGCGCCCCUCUUCAUGGAGCAUGUGUCGGGCCAGCAGUUGCAGGAAGUGGGCCAGGUGAGUGUGUACCUGCAGGGAGGGCGCUCCACCUUCCACUCCAAGCCAGACCAGAAGCUGACAGGUUCCCAGGUGUAUGGACGCAUUGGCAGCACCAUCGCCCCCCUCAGUGACCUGGACAAUGACAGUUUUAAUGAUGUUGCUGUGGGAGCCCCAUCCUCAGGCUUUGAAGGAAGGGUUUUCAUCUCCAUGGGAACUAGCGAUGGACUGUCUCCCCAGUAUACCCAGGUCAUUGAGAGUCCCUUCCGGUCCCCAGGCUCUCCAGCACAGUUUGGCUUCACCCUAAGAGGAGCCACUGACAUUGAUUUAAAUGGCUACCCAGAUCUAAUUGUUGGUGCAUGGGGAGUCAAUAAGAUUGCUGUGUACAGGGCUCAAGCCGUGGUGAUGGCAAAGACCCAACUCUCCCUCUACCCUGACUUCCUGAACCCAGAUGUGAAGGAGUGUGAGCGCACCACCACCAACGAGCCUGUGGCCUGUUCUAGAUGCAAUUACGCAGCCAAUGGCCAGGAGGGCCAUGUUUCUGCACACAAAUCUGCCAGAGAGUAUUUCCAGCUAACCAUUCAGAGAGAUGUGGGAGUGGUCUGCAGGAACCAAACCGCUUACCUAAGGCAUGAGUUAGAGUUCAAGGACAAGCUCAGCCCCAUCUUCAUCUCCCUGAACUACAGCCUGUCCAACUCCAACUCCCAGGAGACCAUACUGCAUGGCCAGAGAGCUGUGGUCACACAGACCAGGAUCAUUCUGGACUGCGGAGAGGACAAUGUCUGUGUCCCUGACCUGAGGCUGACUUCUGAAGCCAGGUUGAUCUGUGCUCAGAAGAAGGAGAACCAGACAGUGGUGGUGGUCUGUGAGCUGGGGAACCCAAUGAGGCAGGGCCAGAAGCUCCAGGCUGGUCUGUUAUUCAGCGUGGGGAACCUGGAGAAGGUGGAGAGCCACGUGUCAUUCACAUUACAGAUCAAAAGCAAGAACAGCCAGAAUCCUGACAGUAAUGUGGCCCAUCUGAGGAUCGAUGUCAGCGCUGAGGCAGCUCUGGAGAUGUGGGGCGUUUGGUCCACCUUUGUAGCCUGCUGUUUUUUGGACAUGGGCUCCUCUCCACCUGAGUGUGUCCUGCCCAUUGCCAAGUGGGAACAGAAGGAGCAGCCUGCUGACCUGGAGGAGGUUGGCCCGCUAGUGGAACAUGUCUAUGAGUUGGUUAAGACCGGUAAUGCUACUGUUGGUAGAGUGUACAAGGUUAAACAGAAUGAGGUGGAACAGCCGGAGCCUCAGCACAAAGACACCGUUCACGUGAACUGCACCAGUGGAGAUACCUGUCUGAGGUUUGUGUGUGAGGCCAAAGGUCUGGAAAGAGACUGGAGCGCUGUGGUGAAGGUGAUGUCCCGACUCUGGAUACAAACCUUCCUGGAGAGGCCUUAUGAGAAUUAUGUCCUCCACUCUACAGCACGCUAUGCGGUUAUAGAUAUGCCCUCUAAGAUCCAGCCUGAAGAGCUGCCAAGUGGACAGGCUGAGACCCAGACCAGUCUGGUGUGGAGUUUUCCCGAUGGAGAGAAGGAGGUGCCGGUGUGGUGGAUCAUUGUGGCUGUGGUCUCUGGCCUUUUUCACCUCGCUCUGAUCUUCUGGAAGGUAAUGUACUGACAUAGUUAAAACAGCAGAUGGUGCAAGAUUG